AUGGGCCCCUAUGUACCCCCAGGCCAAUCGCCACCGUUCGAAGUAGUCGAUGACUUUCACCAUGGCGCAUGGAUUAUCAUUACAGUGGCCUUGGGGCUGGUUGUGUCACUCGUCUGUUUCUUAAUUCGACUAUACGUCCGAUUAUUGCUGAUGCCGCCUUUCGCGCGAGAUGAUAUCGUCCUUUUGGGUGCAACAGCUAUCGGCAUCAUCCAAUCAAUCCUAGUCUUUUACGCCUGCUCCCGUGGCUUCGGCACAUCACUCACUUUACUAAACGAAUCACAACUCGAUCAGGUCCAAACAUUAAUUGCUACAAGCGAUAUGUUUGCAUUGAUAGUGAUCUAUCUCUCGAAAUGCUGCGUCGUUGCUAUCUAUCUUCGUCUUACGCCCCAAAAACCACAUAAUUGGGCUUCGUGGGCGACAUUCGCAUUGUGUACGGCUUGGCUUAUACCUGCUGUUCUUAUUCUGCUAGUCAAUUGUGAACUUAAUCGCCCGUGGAGGAUACAGGGUGGACAGUGUCGAAAUUUGUAUCAACGAUGGCAAUUCAUAGCCGCUGUGGACAUCAUCACGGAGAUUAUUAUCUUCUCACUGGCUGUCGCUCUUCUCAAAGGACUAUUCAUGUCUGUUAAACGCAAGCUUGGAAUUGGCUUUGCGUUUAUAUUCCGAUUUCCUCUAAUAGUAUUCGCCCUCCUCCAUAUGUCUUCACUCCACUCCGCCCUCGCCGACAACGACGUUACCCUCGCCGCCGUCGAACCUACCCUCUGGCUCCAGGUCGAAGUCCACUAUGCCCUCGUCGCGUGCAGCGUCUUCUGUCUCCGCCCAUUUAUGGCUGCCGUAAGUACCAAUUAUGGAACUGCAGGGGACUCUAGCUUGGAAAGCAGUGGCUAUGCCUCGCGGUCGAGGGGGACAAAGGGGAGUUCAAAGUCUGGAUCUGGAUCUGGCUCGAAUGCAGAUUCUAGAUCUAGGUCUUUGUCUCGCGUUCGGAGAAAGAGAGCAGGGACGGCGACGGGGGCUUUGCCGAGGUCGGCUUCGAAGGAAGCGCUAUGUCGAGAUGGAUGUGUUGAUGACGAUGCAGUUCGUUUAGAGAAUCGACAGAAGAGACAAUCUGUCAAAAUGCAUGGGGCUGGUGGUGGUGGGACGAUACGAGUGCCUGUUCGCCGAUCUUUGUUUUCUCUUGGAGGUUCUAGUAACGCUGCCAAAGUUGAUAAAGGCAAGGCUGGAGUGCGGGAUCAGGGAGGCUCUGCUCUAGAGUUUGAGUCCGAUGCGCUGGAGCUUAUGCCUCAGUUACAUAGACAAUAUGCUCGUACAGAGGAGGGGCCUGCUGAGAACGAGGACCCGGACAAGAUGGUUAUUCGGAAAGAAGUGCAGUACUCCGUUCAGUUUGAACGAGGGGGAGGGCUCGAAGCAGGUCUCGACUGA